UCAGAGAAAUUGCCUCCUGAGCACAGAACCAGGAACAAACCAAACUAAAACAAUCUAAUAAAUUUUCCGAUACUAGAUUUAGAAAACUGAGGAAAACCACAGGAGCAGGAGAGAACACGAGGUUUAAGACUAAGAAGUCACUGGCAACAAUUCAGUCAUUUAUUCUGCCUGAACGAGAGCUACUCUACAAGUGGUGUAGAAAUAGAGAUCAGAGGAGCAUCCAGGCAUAAACAAAUCAAAGAAGAAGCAAAGCCAUUCACAAUGCAGUUCCUGAUGAUCAUGUGGAUCUCCAGCCUUCUCCUAGGCACUCAGGCUCAAAACACUGCCAGCUUCUCGAGAGGGAACGACCGCAACAGGCGCUGCCAGUACACCUUCACGGUGGACAGCCCUACAGAGUCCAGCUGCCCCGCCACUGCAUCCAGUGCUGAGAUAGAAUCCCUGAAGUCUCGUCUGGGGCUGGUCGAGGCACUGAUAACCCGCCUAACUGGAGGCGAAACAUCAGUUACUGGAGCUCAGAGUGAACUUCGGACAGCCUACAGCCAGGUAACAGGAGAGAGGGACAGGUUGAAGCAGGAGAAAGCCAGGCUGGCUCAGCAGGUAGAGCAGCUCCAGCAGACAGUGGAGGAACUCAGGCGUGAGGCAGAGAGGCUGAGGAGCAGACCAUGUCCACAGCAGCCACUCUAUGAUAGCAGUCACCAAGCAGGAACAGGCACAUCCCAAUCUCAUUUGGUUUCCAGGCCAAGCAGACCACAAGGAGACCCGAGCAAUCUGAGAGAUCCCUCUUGGUCCUAUAGUAGUCCAGCCUACCAGGAGUUGAAGGCUGAUAUAGCUGAAUUUCCUGCCCCAAGACCAGAGGACCCUGAAGACAGUAAAGGCUGUGGUGAGCUGGUGUGGGUGGGAGAGCCCGUGAGCCACCGUAAGGCAGACAGCAUCGCUGGUAGGUAUGGCGUGUGGAUGCAGGAUGCAGAAGCAGCGGGUCCUUACGGCUCCAAUAUGUUGUGGCGAAUCGACUCAGUCGGCACAGAGGUGCGCCAGCUCUAUGGCUACGAGGACAUGGAUCAGCUUUCACGUGGCUUUCCGGCAAAAGUGCUGCUCUUGCCUGAGGCGGUGGAAAGCACGGGGGCGGCCAUGUACCGCGGGUCACUCUACUACCAGCGACGCCGCAGCCGUACGCUCAUUCGCUUUGAGCUAGGAUCGGAGAGUGUUGCGGCCCGCAGGGAACUCCCGCAUGCCGGCUUCCACGGUCAGUAUCCGUACUCAUGGGGUGGCUACACGGACAUCGACUUCGCUGUGGACGAGAGCGGCUUAUGGGUCAUCUACAGCACCAACAAGGCUAAAGGCGCCAUAGUGAUCUCCCAGCUGGAUCCUCACACCCUGGAGGUGAAGAAGAGUUGGGAGACCAACAUUCGCAAAUCAACGGUGGCCAACGCCUUCAUGAUCUGCGGCAGGCUGUACACAGUGGCCAGCUAUGCCUCGCCCAACACCACAGUCAACUACAGCUUCGACACGGCAACUAGCCAAAGCAAGGCCGUCGCAAUCCCUUUCCAAAACCGGUACCGUUACAACAGCAUGAUCGACUACACCCCAUCCCAGAGGAAACUCUUCGCCUGGGAUAACUACUAUAUGGUGUCUUAUGACAUCCGGCUGGGAAAGCAACAGUGAAGGGGGUUUGGGUCUUAGGUUAGAUAUAGUAGUGUUAAAGAGGGAAGCAGAGUGGAGACUGCAAACAAUAUGGUUACGCUGGCUUUGCGACUUAUCACAUACUUACAGUUUGAAAUGAUCACAGAUGUAAGCACAUCAGCAAACGUUUCAUAAAUCUGUACUCCAGCUGAGACCUCAGGCACAUAUCAGGCCUUUACCAAUACUAUCAGGAUCACAGAUAAUUAUGCAGCCUAGUGGGAAAACACACCAACAGAAACACAGGCAGCCAGUCACCCGAAACGUGUUAAACGUGCUAAACCCGACGUGUUACAGUCAUUACAUGCAUUUUUAGAAGAAUAUUCCAUGACUAAGAAAUUAUUUACUUUUUUGUAUAAAAAAAAAAAAAAGUCUAACUACCAAACCGUCUUGUUUGAUAAAGUCUUGUGGCACGGCCCACUUUGUGUUAAUAGAGAAAUUAUUUUUCUACGUUUUGUAAGUGACGUUUGUUUGUUUGUUCGUAUGUAUACAGCACUAAAGGAAGUUUUAAAAGAGAUCCAACACAUGCCAAAGUUACUGCUUGUACAUAAAACUACACAACACUGUCCUACAGAAAAUACAUAACUCCCUCGGUCUCGCUUUAGCUAGUCAGAAUCAGUACGUUUUAAUCACCCAGUACAGCAUGGUAACGAUUUUAUAGCUAUUCCUGAAAUUAACUUAUGUACAAACUCAAUGUUUGAAUAAAAGGUUAUUCUAUAAUGAA